AUGAGGAACCUGCUUUACAUACUCGCAGACAAACCUGUUUUACACACGUCUCUCAAACACAGAAGCAGGAAACAGGAAUCACCCGAGUUCAGAGAAAAAGAAACUGAAGUGCAGUUGAGCUGUUGUGUGUUUGUGUCUCUGUAUUCAUGCAGUAAAAUGGCAGAAGCCAGAAUUUCUCAGGCUGAGUUCACGUGUCCAGCUUGUCAGGAUCUCCUGCAGGAUCCAGUGGCCAUUCCCUGUGGACACAGUUUCUGUAAGAGCUGUAUUACAGGCUGCUGGGAUCAGGAGGAUGAGAAGAGAGUCUACAGCUGCCCUCAGUGCAGACAGACCUUCAGUCAAAGACCUGCUUUAGCUAAAAUCACCGUGCUGGCUGAAGUGGUGGAGAAACUGAAGAAGUCUAAACUUACUGCUGACUGUUUCGCUGGAGCUGGAGAUGUGCAGUGUGACGUCUCUAAAAUCACCGUGCUGGCUGAAGUGGUGGAGAAACUGAAGAAGUCUAAACUUACUGCUGACUGUUUCGCUGGAGCUGGAGAUGUGCAGUGUGACGUCUGUACUGGAAGAAAAUACAAAGCCGUCAAGUCCUGUCUGGUGUGUCUGAACUCUUACUGUCAAACUCACCUUGAACAACAUGAGAGUUUCUUUAGAGGAAAGAAACACAAAGUGACUGAUGCCACUGGACGACUGCAGGAGAUGAUCUGCCAGAAACAUGAGAAGCUUCUUGAGGUUUUCUGUCGCACUGACCAGAAAUGUAUAUGUGUGCUGUGUGCGAUGGAUGAACAUAAAAACCACGGCACUGUAUCAGCUGCGGCACAGAUGACAGAGACACAGCACCAGCUGAAGGAGAUGCAGAAGACGCUCCAGCAGAGAAUCCAGCAGAGAGAGAAAGAUCUUCAGCAGCUGAGAGAGGCUGUGGAGUCUCAUAAGCGCUCUGCACAGACAGCAGUGGAGGACAGUGAGAGGAUCUUUACUGAGCUCAUCCGCUCCAUUGAGAGAAGCCGCUCUGAGCUGAUACGGCUGAUCAGAGAUCAGGAAAAGACUGCAGUGAGUCGAGCUGAAGGACGACUGGAGCCACAGUUUCAGGAGAUACCAGGAGACAGGCCGUUACAUGAGGAGAGCUGGGCAGGGACGUAG